GUCUGAAUGUAAACCUUGAAACGAAAAACUGUGCAGCUCACCGGAUGAUGCAGACGACGACCGCACCUCCCUCUUAUGUGUAUCCGCCGACACAGAACAGAUAUCAACCAUUGACUGAAUCAGAAAUCUAUGCGAUCAAGAAACAGUACUUGGGCCUGUUGCCUCCACCACAGGUCAUCGACAUUUGUCUGACCUUCGAAGCCCACGCGCCACUCCCUGUAAAGAGCUCAGUGUGGCCAUACGAUAUUCGGGCUGCCAUUGCAGCCAUACUGUCCAAGAAAGUCCAGGAGGAGUCCCAGGCCCAGACAGAGUUGGACACCACCACUCCAACAGAGCAAACUUCGCAAUGUAUCUCGCAACCCUCAUCGCCGACCUUGGAUGCCGCUGCUAUACCCAGUGCAUCGAAAUCUCCUGCAGCCACUCAGCUACCGGCGCCCGUUCACUACCCUCAUCAGCCGUACUACCACCCUUCUUAUCCUCAUGCUCCAUAUUAUGCUCCUCAUGCCACCUACCCUCCUUACCCUCCACCGCCUCACAUACCGUAUCCCCAAAAUUUACCUGCACAGCCGGCCCUCUUUCCAAGCGCCGCACUAGCAUAUUCCCCACACUCACCUUCUGCACAACGUCAGGCGCAGCCACAACCGCCCCCGCCCCCACCACCACCACCCCUCAACACCAUUGAUGACCUUCCUAGUUACGAGGAAAUGAUCGUCGAGGCCCUGCUCGAUUGUGGAGAUCCAGAAGGUUGUGCACCGAAAGAUUUGUUCAGUUGGAUGGCAAUGCAUUAUCCACUACAGACCAAUUUUCGACCCUCAGCAAGUCAAGCACUACAAAAGGCCUACAAAAGAGGUAGACUGGAAAAGGGUUCCAAUGGCAAAUACAGGCUGAACGAAAGCUGGGAAGGAGGUAACACGUCAAGGCGUACAACUCGUCGACCGCAAACGCACACGCCGGGGGUGAUGCCCGGAUCUCAGGCAACUUCAUCUGGGGCAUCUCCCUUUACACAUGCGCCUCUUAUCGCGCAUGGAUCGCAGAUACGACCACCACCCCCUGGUCAACCACCAGGUUAUCCAGGUUAUCCUUAUGGCUAUUACUAUCAGGGUGCACCCCAACCGGCCUCUAUCCCCAUACCUGCUACCGGUCAACCUUAUCCUUCAACUCAAAAACAACCUCCGGACAACCCGGACCAAGACACGGGGGAAGGGGCCGAUGCCUGGGAGGCUGCACAAAGUAUCCUUAAAGCGAUCAAUUUUGGCCAAUUGCUUCACAUGAGUGAAGGAGACAUGACGGGAAACUCGGGAACAACGUCAACCGAGCGACCAUCAGCAUCAUCCACCGAGUCCCUUGAUAGUCAGGCUGUAUCGAGGGACCGUGCAGUAGGAGAGUCAGGGCCGCAGGUGGAACUCACUGGCGAACAACGAGCAGCGCUACAAGCCCAGCUCGCCCUUUUAGCUGCUCAGCUGGCAGAAUUGGCUGAUGUCAGCGAGGACGAGUACUCUCACGGCCCGGAAGGAGUGCAGGGUAAAGAUAGGACAGCAGUCGCGAGUGUGCCUGAGGGUGCUGGAUCAAGAGAGAGUACCGAAGACGAAGAUGACGACAUGGAUAUGGUAGAAAUCCCGAUGUCAUCGCUGACAGCUUGAUCCACGUUUUCUUGUCUCACAGCGCCUCGAUGUUUGGUAGGUCGUUCAUUAAACGAACCAAUUCUCCCUGUUCCUUUUGGUUGUGAGAGUUCUUGCAAUUUUACCCACUACACAAGAGCCACCUCCCCGCUUAGUUGGCAU